UCACGCUGGUGCCGUGUUUUUGUACCGCCGCAAAAAAAGAAAAUCGAAAUAAUAUAGCUGCUGUGUAACCACUAUCCCUUUUAAAACUUAUUAGUUGUGUUACAUUAUGCUAAAGUAUUACCUAUCAUAGCACACAGUAAUUUUCGAGCAGCGGAAACACGAGCCUUCCCCCAACAUUCGGUGAAACUCAACUAAGAGCAGACCAGAGCAGCAGCCGCGGACAGUUUCCAGUUCCAGUUGGUGCCCCAAAAAAAUGGAUAGCAAGGGACGCAAUGUCAUUGUCUGUGAUAACGGCACAGGGUUUGUGAAGUGCGGCUAUGCCGGCAGCAAUUUCCCCGCCCACAUUUUCCCCUCGAUGGUGGGGCGACCCAUUAUCCGGGCGGUGAACAAAAUAGGUGACAUCGAAGUGAAGGAUUUACAUGUCGAUGAUCUGAUGGUCGGCGAUGAGGCCUCGCAGCUGCGAUCAUUACUGGAGGUCUCCUAUCCGAUGGAGAACGGCGUGGUCCGGAACUGGGAUGACAUGUGUCAUGUGUGGGACUAUACGUUCGGGCCCAAGAAGAUGGACAUCGAUCCGACCAACACAAAGAUACUGCUGACAGAGCCACCCAUGAAUCCCACAAAGAAUCGCGAGAAAAUGAUUGAGGUGAUGUUCGAGAAGUACGGCUUCGAUUCCACAUACAUUGCCAUUCAGGCUGUGCUAACGCUAUACGCCCAGGGCCUGAUAUCGGGCGUUGUUGUCGAUUCCGGCGAUGGAGUAACGCAUAUUUGUCCUGUCUAUGAGGAGUUUGCCCUGCCACAUUUGACGCGUCGAUUGGAUAUUGCUGGACGUGAUAUCACCCGCUAUCUGAUUAAGUUACUUUUACUACGUGGAUACGCCUUCAAUCAUUCCGCUGACUUCGAAACGGUCCGAAUUAUGAAAGAGAAGCUCUGCUACAUUGGGUACGACAUCGAGAUGGAGCAACGUUUGGCGCUGGAGACCACGGUGCUGGUUGAGUCCUAUACGUUACCCGAUGGCCGGGUGAUCAAGGUGGGCGGUGAACGAUUCGAGGCACCCGAAGCAUUAUUCCAACCGCAUUUAAUCAAUGUCGAGGGCGCUGGCAUUGCGGAGCUGGUCUUCAAUACGAUCCAAGCGGCGGACAUUGAUAUACGGCCCGAGCUCUACAAGCAUAUUGUCCUGUCUGGUGGCUCCACCAUGUAUCCGGGUCUGCCCAGUCGAUUGGAGCGCGAGAUCAAGCAAUUGUAUCUGGAGAGAGUGCUGAAGAAUGAUACGGAAAAGCUGGCGAAAUUUAAAAUACGCAUUGAGGAUCCACCGAGACGGAAGGAUAUGGUCUUCAUUGGCGGCGCCGUUCUGGCGGAGGUGACAAAGGAUCGGGACGGCUUCUGGAUGUCCAAGCAAGAGUAUCAGGAGCAGGGUCUGAAAGUAUUGCAAAAGCUGCAAAAGAUCAGUAACUAGGAGCAGGAUUCUGAUUGAGAUUGAUAGAUGACGAGGAUGAACAAGUGUAGCCUUUAGUUUUGACAUUUUCUUUCGGCUUUCGGAAUGGAAUUCAACGACAUUACCGGCCGCCAAAUCUAAUCAAAUUAAAUCCGAUAGAAACGAAAGGAAAUGCCUGUUGCCUAUGUGCUAUGUAAAACGUGUGUGAAUGUGCUUUUUUCCCCCUGUUGUGUGAUUGAAUGUAUCUCCCCCUCCACUGAUGGAUGUAUCGCCUAACCACAGGCUGCUCCCUUUGACUCGCUAUUUCAUUCUCGGAUGAUUCUGUGCCCACUGCCGCCUUCUUUGUGUCAACUUGAAAUAUAUGUUUAACGAUUAUCUGAUUAUGAUUAUGUGAUUAACUACCACGUAACAAGCCCACAACGCCUCGUUCUUUAUUUUUCCCACAAUGUAUAUCCCCCCCUCCCAUGGCAUAAAGUGUAUUGAUAUUUUUUUAAA